AUGCCAACAUCCGCGUUAAUACAUCUGCUGACUGUCCAAAUUGAUUUCGGGCAGGCUGAUAAACGCGCUCUGUGGCGGUUUAAGGGCGGCAAUAUCGAUAACUUGGAUAACGGCGUGCCUGUAUCAGUUUACAGUGCAAGCUGUCCUGAUAGUGUUGUAGAUCCUAAGGGGGCAUCCUUACAGGACGAAUCCUAA